AUGGGCGCCUUCAUCAUGUUCGACGUGACGAGGCCCGCCUCCUUCGAGGCGGUCGCCAAGUGGAAGGAGGACUUGGACUCCAAGGUGACGCUGGGCAAUGGCAAACACGUCGCCACCGUGCUGCUGGCCAACAAGUGCGACCAAGGCCGGGACGUCCUCACCAAUAACGGACUCAAGAUGGAGCAGUUCUGCCAGGACAACGGCUUUGUGGGCUGGUUUGAGACCUCCGCCAAGGUAACACUCCCACACACAUUCUUGUAGUUCUUACCUUCUUGAGACCUCCACUAAGGUAACACUCACACACACAUUCUUGUAGUUCUUACCUUCUUGAGACCUCCACUAAGGUAACACACACACACACAUUCUUGUAUUUCUUACCUUCUUGAGACCUCCGCCAAGGUAACACUCACACACACAUUCUUGUAGUUCUUACCUUCUUGAGACCUCCGCCAAGGUAACACUCCCACACACAUUCUUGUAUUUCUUACCUUCUUGAGACCUCCGCCAAGGUAACACUCACACACACAUUCUUG